AUGGCUACCCUUUUCGUGCUCUGGUAUCUGUUGGCAGCCUCAUUUGGCUUCACAUUUGCCGCAGACUGUCCUGCGUCAAGGCUCCAUAUCUCGGAACCGCCGUAUGACAACUACUUCCUCUCCGACUGCAUCACCAGCGCCCAUGUCAUUGUCACAAGUCCGGAUGCGAACACCAACAAUUCAAAUUCCAAACCACGGCUACUUGUCGCAUGGCCUGCAGGCAACAGUGGCGCAACUGCCUAUUUUGAAGCCGAGAACAACGGCACGCUUGGCCUGCAGCUUCAGAACUCAACCGCAGACGGGCAAAUUCUGGACACUGUAAACCAACCUGCAGCCACCGGAGCCAAGAACCAGAAUCCGCGCGUUGGUGUCAAAGGUCUGGUUCACUUCGAUACGCCUGCUCUUCUCACUCUGCCCAUUCUUGGGAGCAUCCGCUCUAUCCGCGACUACUCUGAGGGUGGAGGGAUACUCAGUCCCGAUGUACAGAACGCUGUCGUAACGGAGACAUUUGGCGACAACGGCGGACAGUUCUCGCGGACUUGGUUCGAUGGCGAGACCACCACUUGGAUCGACUUCACACCCACUUCUGGGGUGGAAGCGGUUCAAAUUAUCACCGGCGAUAAGUGGAUGCUUCGUUUUGGCACAGGAACAUACGAGUUCAGAGCAACUUUCAAUUACCCUCAGCUCGUUCAGCUGAGCCCUUCGGAGGUGCUCAACAACGCUUCGCAAGCUCUUGUAAGGGAGAGUGCCGAUUUAACCAAGUCACUUUCCUUCUUGUCCUACUCGAAUAAGCUUCUUGCUGGAUCAUGGAGGUUCCUGACGUACUUCGGUCGGGACAGCAUGCUUUCCGCGUUGCUUAUGCAAGACAUUCUCAGCCAGGGAGAAGGUGGUGCACUGGAGGCAGUGAUUGGGGCAGUAAUCGAGCGCAUUAAUAAGACUGACGGAACAGUCUGCCACGAAGAGAAUCUAGGAGACUACGCUGCAUUCCUCGCUCGCCAGGACGGCAUCGACUCGAGCGCGCCUUCCUGCGAUUACAAGAUGAUCGAUACAGACUUUUUGUUCCCUAUAUUGAUGAACAACUACUUCGUAAACACGGACGUUGGCAAAGACCGAGCAGCGCUAUUCUUCAGCCGAAAAGCUACCUUUUUGGAGGAGAAUGCGGGAACCGCUUAUUCUACCCUGGCAGAGCGUACCGCUGAGAGGAUCAUGAGCAUCACUGCGCCGUUUGUUUCAAGCCAAGUUGCAUCGAAUCUAUUACAUCUGAAAGAUGGCCAAACAGUAGGCAAUUGGCGAGAUUCAGGUACAGGUCUAGGAGGUGGUCGCAUACCAUACGACGUCAACACAGCGCUUGUACCCGCAGGUUUGCGUGCAAUCGCUUCCUUGUCUCAAGCAGGCUACUUCUCAGAUCACCCGGAUUGGGCGGAUACUGCAGCUAAGUAUGCGCAAGUGUGGGAAGACGAAACGCUACAAUUCUUCGAGGUGUCAGUCUCUAGCAGCGAAGCUAAACAGCUUGUCCAACAAUAUGUCUCCGAUGCUGCCCUUGCAGGACCUUCGAACACCGACCAGAUCUCGGGUAACAUCACAUUCUACGGUCUCGCUCUGGGGACUGAUGACAAGCCGGUCCGCGUCAUGAACACUGAUGAUUGCUUCCGACAUUUCCUCCUGAACACCACAAAUCAAGCUCAGCUGAGCGCAUUCCUUGAGCAGACCGCCGACCACAUCCUGCAGAACUUCCCCGUCGGGCUGAAAACAGAUGUGGGCUUGUUUGUUGCAAACCCAGCCUAUGCCGACAGUAGAUCCCUCCAAGACCAGUUCAAGAAUUCCGACUACCACGGCACUGUAGUAUGGAGUUGGCAAUUAGCCAUGAUGGCAGCUGGUCUAGGCCGACAACUCGCCCGCUGUAACUGUACCUCUGCACCCGAUUUCUGCGGCCAGAAACUUCGCAGCAAAGUCGGUAACGCCUACGAAGUGCUCUGGGAAACGAUCAAUGAGAAUCGCGCACAGCUGAGCGGCGAGGUCUGGAGCUGGCAGUACAACAAUGGGUACCAACCCGUGCCCUUGAGUGCGUUUUCGACGACCGAGAGCGAUAUCAUUCAGCUAUGGAGCUUGACAUUCCUGGCUGUGCAUCAACAGGAUGUAUGA